AUGACAUCAUUACAAUACCCUUCAGUUCUCACACAGACCUUCCACUACGAAACCUCAACUCAUGUGUACGAUGUUAAAUGGGGGAUGUUGGGCGAUGAAGCUCUCCCUCCUCUGAUCUUCAUUCACGGGACACCUUGGUCUUCACGUGUCUGGAUCGACUUUGCGCUUGCACUAUCGCGCCGAUUCUGCGUUUAUCUUUUUGAUAGACCUGGCUUUGGUGAAUCACCCCUAGAACUUUUAAAGCAAGGCUUACUACCAAGCAUACACCCCAUCGAACAGUUCGACAGCAAUCUUGCGCGACAAACAGAGGUUUUUGCUGCCCUAUACCAAGAAUGGGAGAGUGGCUGGUCUUAUCCAACAGCUCAUGUGGUCGCUCAUGAUAAUGGCGGUUUGGUCAGUCUUCGAGGAUAUCUCUUGCACGAAUUAUCUUAUGAGAGUCUUUGUUUAAUUGACGUCGUGGCGAUCGGUCCAUUUGGUCAACCUCUCUUCAAGAGCAUGGCCGAGAACCCACACAUCUUUGAACAACUCCCCAAUACCGUAUUCGAGGGAAUCUUGGAGAGUUACAUCAGAGAUGCCGCGUUUCACGAACUACCAAGUGAAACAAUGCAGAUGCUCAAAGAGCCAUGGACACGGGAAGGCGGCAAACAAGGUUUCAUCAGAGAAUUAUGCCAAGCGAAUUGGAGGAGCACAGAAGAAGUCGAAGGGAGAUACGGCGAAGUUGGCUCUAAAUUACGAGUCAAGAUCAUUUGGGGUGCUGACGACAAAUGGCUUCCGGUUGAAGCGGCGUAUAGAUUGGGCAAUGCGUUGAAGGCCGUGGAGAUUGUCGUUAUUGACAAAGCUGGACAUCUUAGCAUGAUAGAUCAGAGUGCACAAAUGGGUAUUGAGCUGGCGACAUGGCUUAACGAGGCCUCCCAUGAACAACUCUCGUAA